AAAAAAAAGUUUUCAUGUCAGUCGGUUAAAAUUCAUUGUUGCCUGUCCAGCCAAUCAUAGUUUUUGACGACACAAAAGAGGCUAAAGUUGGAGUAUAAAAAGGUGUGCGCUAAUAAAGUAUGAUGCCUAUCAGUGUGGGACAUUAAUCCAAACCCAGUUCAGUCGCGAAUCAGGUCCAACACACACCACGGGAUCUUUUUUUUAAACCAGACUUCACACCUUAGAGACAAUGCAUCUGUCUCAGAUUGUGCUGUAUCUUAGCUUGCUGAUUGCUUUGGGUCCAGUAGUUUUGAGUGACCAAGAGACGCACCAGCAGCCCUCCGCCACCAGCCCAGAAGACACGGAGCAGUGCUCAACCUGCGACGUCCGGCAGCAGAUUAAAACUAUGCGAUUAAACGCGAUAAAAUCCCAAAUUCUGAGCAAACUGCGAAUGAAAGAAGCUCCUAAUAUCAGCCGAGAUAUAGUGAAGCAGCUCCUGCCCAAAGCGCCGCCGCUGCAGCAGCUUCUCGACCAGUACGACGUGCUGGGAGAUGAUAAUAAGGAUGUGGUUAUGGAGGAAGAUGACGAGCAUGCCAUCACGGAGACAAUAAUGAUGAUGGCCACUGAACCCGAGUCCAUCGUGCAAGUGGAUGGGGAACCGAGGUGCUGCUUUUUCUCUUUUACUCAAAAGUUUCAAGCCAGUCGCGUAUUACGAGCUCAGCUAUGGGUGCAUCUGCGCCAAUCGGACGAGGCGACGACUGUGUUCCUGCAAAUCUCCCGCCUGAUGCCGGUCGCAGAGGGGAGCAGGCACAUACGGAUCCGGUCCCUGAAAAUCGACGUGAGUGCCGGGGUCAGCUCUUGGCAAAGUAUAGACGUCAAACAAGUGCUGACUGUGUGGCUGCGGCAGCCGGAGACCAACUGGGGCAUCGAAAUUAACGCCUUCGAUUCGAGGGGAAAUGACUUGGCCGUGACCUCUGCGGAGCCAGGAGAGGAGGGACUGCUACCAUUCAUGGAGGUGAAGAUUUCAGAAGCCCCCAAGCGUGCCAGGAGAGACUCGGGCCUGGACUGUGACGAGAACUCGCCAGAGUCCAGAUGCUGCCGCUAUCCGCUCACAGUGGACUUUGAAGACUUUGGCUGGGACUGGAUUAUUGCCCCAAAGCGCUACAAGGCCAACUAUUGCUCCGGGGAGUGUGAGUACAUGCACUUGCAGAAGUACCCCCACACCCACCUGGUGAACAAAGCCAACCCCAGAGGGACCGCAGGCCCCUGCUGUACCCCCACCAAGAUGUCGCCCAUCAACAUGCUCUACUUUAAUCGCAAAGAGCAGAUAAUCUAUGGCAAGAUCCCUUCCAUGGUGGUGGACCGUUGUGGAUGCUCUUGAGUUGGGACUGAGACCCCCUGGCAAGAGGGAGGGGAGGACGGGUCUGGCCUCCAACUUCAGACUUUUUGACACAACCAAUCCACCAGUUCCAGUGCUUUCCUGCAGAACACAGUGCAAUAGAACCAGAGUAGAGGCCACAAACAGCCCGACCCUCCCACAGGGCUGCGCUUUCACAACCGGCAUAGCUUCUUUUUCUUUCCUCCAGUGAAAUCUUACUCAUAGAGGCUUGAAGGAUACAGGAACACACACACACACACACACACAUAAACACACACACAUACACACACAUGCUGGACGUGAAUGUAGACAGAAAUUAUCAAGUUAACCAAAAAACUUUUUCCUCUUUGUGUCAGCGUUCUGUGCUCUGUCCAUUUAUUCAAAACAAGCCGACAGAUUAUACUCAAAAACAUGCGCCGUCCACUCCUCACUUUCACACUCCACUCCUAGACGACAUACAAGCUAUUACACUUUUUGCUAAGCUAUACGUUUGUGAUAAUCAUUUUUACGAGUUAUGUUUUCAGAGUGAAACCAGGAAUCCUCAUGGACUUUUUGAAAGGGCUUGGAAAAAAAAAAAACACAGCUGGAGACUUUUUUUUUUAGAGUGAUAUUUCACACUGGUAGAACAUGUUUUAGUACACGUAGAUUCGUAAGAAGUUGUUGAAAAGAUGAAAAGUGGCUGCACGCUAAAAGCCUGAGUCACCCCUACGUUAUAACUGCCAUUUUAUAAAAACCCAGACAUUUAUUUAGAGAAUAAGACUAUAUUGGAUCAAACUUGAAGUUCUAAUUUUUUUUUGGCUAACGAUACUUUGGGAUUAAAAAAAAAAAAAAAAAAAAAGUGCAGGCGGUGACGUGGCGGUUGAUCAUAUGGACCCAAAAUGUUCCACCAGGGUGAAGUACCACUUUAUUCGGUCUUGACAGGUCUUCAUGCACUCUGCCAUAUACACACAAACAUGCAUCCACAUACCCGAAGAGACGCCCUCGCUCAGUCAUAAUCUCCACUAUCCAACAGAACAGCCUGACCUGCCCGAUACACUUGAAUUAUUCUGAUUGUAAAUUCACAUUACAGGACGGAAGGACUUGAACUGAAGGCACAAUGAAUGCAGCCUACAAAUGAAAAUGUGUUUAAGACAGAGAACAUGGAUUGUUUAGAUGUAUGAAUGUUGAGAUCAUGCUUAUACUCUGUCUUAUAAACAACACAGUUUGCACUAUGGCACACCAAUAGAGAGAAUUGGUUGCUACAAAAGUUGUAAAAACUGAUUUUGAUAUGUUUGCUAAUUUGUAUUGUAUACAUAUGCCAUUGUUUCCAUUAGGAGUUGCUUUUCUAAACCACUUUUGGUAAAUGUAUAAAAAACCACAAUCUAGCAAGAUAAAAGAUGUAAUACGGCAACUCUAUAUACUUGUUUUAACAAAUAAAGUUUCUAGCUUGUU